ACCAUUCAGAGAGAGGGAGAGACCGCACACCCGCUCCCAACCUCUCUGUGUCAUCGCCAUGACUGACAGGCGGAUCUUACGAGACUGCUGCCCUCUUCCUGCUGAACCAUGCAUGCGCCAGACAGUCAGCACAGACCUCUCCCUGUUAAGUUACUUUGUUGUUUCUUUCUGUGGCUAAUAAGUAGCUUUAUAUAUGAAUCCUAAGCAAAAUUACACAACAUCCUACACUUUGGUCUUGACUUAAGUUUAGUGGCCUUGGUGUCCUCUACACAUUUUUGCCUUGCCCUUUUUUGCCAAUUUAGAGCCCUGUUAUAUUAUAUGUAAAAUAUGGUCUGGCUUUUGUUUUGUCCAACAUUUGUUGGAAAGUCAAUGUUUGCUCAAAGUAACUGCUUGAGAAAAUUGCAGUGAUUUUAAACCACUGCAAUGAGCAAACUGCAUUCCCAUCUUUGCCAGCUGUGCGCUUGUCAUACAGUAGGAUCCUGUUCUGUUUCCUUGUCACAUCAAAGGUGUUGCACAUCUGCAGAUGGAGAUUGAAAUUGAAGUAAUCCACAUGGCAGUGUAUCAGUUUGUAAAACAGAUGCAGAAUUGCUUGGCAGUAAUUUUGACAUAAAACUGCUGCUUUUACUCCAUGAUUUGGUGAUGUAGCAACGGAGGAUGAAGUUUCACACUGGAACUCAACAGGUGACUCCUCUACAGCUACAGAUAUGAAGCUUCCUGAAGUGGAACCUGUCCCCAUUAAAGAAGAGACUCCAGAAGAUCUAGAGCCUGUCCACAUUAAGAAAGAAGUCACAGCUCUGGAACCUGUCCACAUGAACGAGGAUAGUCCUGUACUACAAUCAGUUUAUAUUCAAAUGGUUGUUCUCAAUCCUAUAACCUUAUUCAAUGUGCAGGGUUCACAAUUACAAAGUCUUGCAGUACACCAGCCACAUCACACAGGAGCUAAACCACACCACUGUAAUAAAUGUGGAAAGAGCUUCACUCAUUUGAGAAACUUUAAAAGACACCAGCGAGUUCACACAGGCGAGAAACCUCACCAGUGUAAUAAAUGUGGGAAGAGGUUCCCUGAUGUAGGAAGUCUUAAAAGACACCAGCGAGUUCACACAGGAGAGAAACCAUACCAGUGUGAUGAGUGUGGAAAGUGCUUUACUCAAUCAGGAAAAGUUAAAAAACACCAGCGAGUUCACUCAGGAGAGAAACCACACCAGUGCAAUGCAUGUGGAAAGUGCUUUACAGAAUUAGGACGCCUUAAAACACACCAGCGAGUUCACACAGGAGAGAAACCACACCAGUGUAGUGAAUGUGGGAAACGCUUCGCUGUAUUAGCAGGCCUUAAAACACAUCAGCGCAUUCACACAGGAGAGAAACCACAUCAGUGUAAUGAAUGUGGAAAAAGCUUCAUUCAAUCAGGAAAACUUAAAAGACACCAGCGAGUUCACACAGGAGAGAAGCCACACCACUGUAAUGAUUGUGGGAGAAGUUUCACACGAUUAGGAAGUCUUAAAACACACCAAUUAAUCCACACAGGACAGAAAACACAUCACUGUAAUACAUGUGACAAGAGGGUCUCUCGAUCAGAAUAUCUUAAAGCACACCAGCACAUUCACACUGGAGAGAAACCACACCACUGUAGCGAUUGUGGGAAGCGCUUCACUCUAUUAGGAAAUCUUAAAAAACACCAACUAAAUCACACAGAUGAGAAACCACACCGCUGUGAUACAUGUGAGAAGAGCUUCUCUCGAUCGGAAUAUCUUAAAGCACACCAGCGACUUCACACAGGAGAGAAACCACACCACUGUAAUGAUUGUGGGAAGAGCUUUACUCAAUUAGGAAAUCUUACAAAACACCAACGAAUACACACAGGAGAGAAACCACACCACUGUAAUUAUUGUGGGAAGUGCUUCACUCAAUCAGGAAAUCUUAAAAAACACCAACGGAUACACACAGGAGAGAAACCACACCACUGUAAUGAAUGUGGAAGAAGUUUCACUCGAAUAGACAACCUUAAAAUGCACCAACGAAUUCACACAGGAGAGAAACCACACCACUGCAAUGACUGUGGGAAGAGCUUCACUGAAUUAGGAAAUCUUAAAAUACACCAACGGAUACACACAGGAGAGAAAUCUCACCACUGUAAUGAAUGUGGGAGAAGUUUCACUCGAAGAGACAACCUUAAAAUGCACCAACGAAUUCACACAGGAGAGAAACCACACCACUGCAAUGACUGUGGGAAGAGCUUCACUGAAUUAGGACAUCUUAAAAGACACCAAUUAAUUCACGCAGCAGCGAAACCCUGAAUGUUGGGAAUUAUUUCAUCUGGUGGGACACAUAAGAACAUAAGAAAGUUUCCAAACGAGAGGAGGCCAUUCAGCCCAUCUUGCUCGUUUGGUUGUUAGUAGCUUAUUGAUCCCAGAAUCUCAUCAAGCAGCUUCUUGAAGGAUCCCAGGGUGUCGGCUUCAACAUUCCGGCGCCUCCUCAAGACUCACCUCUUCAAACAGCACCUGUAGAACUCCUCUGUUUGUAUCCUGGGACACUAUCACCCUUCAUUUAAAUGUGCUUCAUUUUGCUCUUAUCUGCCCCCUAUUUUACUGCAUAUAACCCUGUACUUCAGAAUACUGAAAUCUGCCAAAUGUUUAACAUAGUAUUUUGUACUUAAUCAUUUCCUGAUGUAACUAUCACUAUUUAAUCAUAUCCUGAUGUAACUUUCACUAUUAUCUGCUGUAUUAUUGAAUUGUGGUUUGUCACACUUGAACAAAAAUUAUUGUAUUUCUUGCUCUUAUUGUAUUACUUGUAACACUUGAAAUGUAUUUUCUUGCGAUUGUAAGUCGCCCUGGAUAAGGGUGUCUGCUAAGAAAUAAAUAAUAAUAAUAAUAACAACAUUACAAAACCAGGAAAUUCUCACAAGACAAAAACCCUGUUACUCAAGAGAUUAAUGUCAUUAAAAAACUAUUCAUAAAACUUGUGGAGUUUAAAAUCUUUUUCUUAACAAACAAGCUUCAUAAAAUUAGUAAUAAUAAUAAAAAUCCUUCACAGACUCCUCAGACAUGUUUACUGCACAGGCUGCUUUUACACUUUGAAACAGACAAGAGGAUACCAUUCCGGUCAGAGACAUCAGAGCUUCAAACGAAACAGACACUUUGAACACAUUCCAAAGAGGGAGACACUAUUUCACCCCCUCGCUGGUAAGAGAGAGACGUGCCCGGAUGUUUAUCUCGUGGAAGAUGUUGCUUUCCGAUAUCCCACUGACUGAGACUGCAAACAUGAAUUACUACAGUAACUAUUGACUGCGACUUGGCUUCUUCAUGUCUAAACCCCUGGAGCAAGGUGUAAACGCUGGGCUUCUCUUUGCAUCCCUCCAGGCUGGACCGCGGAGCAACGCCCAUCGCAGGAUUGGUAUUCUUCUUACUCCUUCAUAAGACUGCUUUAGUUCUUCAAAAGAGACUGAAACAUCCCUCUAAAUCAAUUACACAAUUUAUCGAGUCUGCAGUGCAUCACGUAGAAUUAUAAUGCUGUUUAAAUGCUUGUAAGGAUGUGUUUUCACUUCUACCCUGAUCGUUUGCUGUUGAACCUUGUUAGUAUGUUUUAUUAAAGAUGGUUUUAAAAUAAGUAAAUACUAAAUAUAGUUAGGGCUUCUGAUUUUCGGUUUUAACCGAUAAAACCCGAUUAAAACACUCCUGAUACAAAAAAAUAGCCAAUAAACACUGAAAUGUUUAAUCAAUUCACGUUGACUUUACCCUUUUCACACUAUAAAAUAAUAAUAAAUACAUUUCUCAGUGCUGCUGGGCAAUGUCCCGCCUUCCUGACUUGCAUCCAUCAUUGAUUCGUUCUGAAUACUUUAAACCCGCCCCAACUACUGAGUGACAGCACGUUCCUACAUUUCUAUUGGAGACUCCGCUUGAGAGAUUUAAAACGAGAUUAAAAUCAGGGUGCAGGCUUAGCGGGAUUUCAAGCUGUAUUACAGUUAAGAUACGAAGGAUUUAAAACAGAAUUGUGGUGAAUUGUACAAAGAUGUCUCCACACAAAAACCCCAGAAGAAUGUGCCGUGACCAGAGGGAUUUCACUGUGGAAGACAGCAAAGGAAAGAAGGAACUUAAGUGUGCAAGUACUGUCCAGUUAGUAUACAUAUUUUGACACACACACACACACAAACGCUCAAGCAUUUUGGAAAGUAACCGAAAACACUAAUUUCAUAGAGUACAUCAAAAACGAAAGCCCCGAAAAAAACAAUCUACAUAAAACUCGAAAAUAGCUAAAAAUAAGCACUGAAAAAUACAAUUUAUAAAACCCGAAAAACAGAAGCUCUAAAUAUAGCACAGGUGUAGUAUGUGUAGGUGAUGCUUGAUGUA